UGUCAGUCGACAAUAGACCCACUGACCAACACCAACACCCACCCAUGCGCACCGCUGCCCUUUGUUUUGCCGCAAUUGCCUUCCCCAUCUCUGAGCGCUGGGAGCAGUGUAAGAUUUCAGCGAGUUUUCCCCAAUAAACCCCAACAACACAACAAACCAAGGAAGCAACAAGCGAUUCAGCCAGCUGCCGUCAUGUCAGAGGACAAGAACGUGGUGCCAUCUCAGCGUGAGCAGCGCUAUGAUCGACAGCUCAGGCUGUGGGGAGAUCACGGGCAACGGGACUUGGAAGCUGCCCACGUGUGCGUGAUCAACGCCACAACACUUGGAACAGAAACCAUCAAGAACCUCGUGCUUCCUGGCAUUGGCAAGUUUACGAUUGUCGACCCGGAAUUCGUCACAACUGAAGACCUUGGAACAAACUUCUUCUUUGAGGAGCGUCACAUCGGCCAGCCCCGCGCCAAUGCAGCAACAGAGCUGCUUCUCGAGCUCAACAGCAGCGUGGAAGGCAACGCCAAAGUGGACACGAUGGCAAAUGUGCUUGCAAAGGAUCCCGACUUCUUUCGCCAGUUCAGCGUUGUCGUUGCAUGCGACACCCCGCUGUAUGCCCUGCUGCCGCUCGCAACCCUUCUCUGGGCCGAACAGAUUCCGCUGUUGGUUGCAAGAGCAUAUGGCAUGAUUGGCUAUCUUCGCCUCGUCACCCCAGAGCACACAGUGAUUGAGUCUCAUAUUGCCGCAUUUGACGAUCUGCGUCUCACGCGCCCGUUCCCCGAACUCCUCGCACACGCGCGCAGCACCAUCCUCGACGACCUCUCCCUCGACAAGCACUCGCACGUGCCGUACCCGAUCCUUGUGCUGCGCGGCAUUGACGCGUGGCGCGAGACACACGCCGACCUCCCACGCACGCGGGCCGAGAAGAAGGAGUUUGCGGGGAUGCUUGCGUCAUGGCGACGGACCAAGGACGACGGGAGCGGCGUUGCUGACGAGGAGAACUUUGCAGAGGCGAUGGCCAAGUGCAACACCAUUUUCCGCUCUGCGCCCAACGUUCCAUCUGAGAUUCAGGCACUGCUCGAUGACCCAAAGUGCUCCAACCCAGAUAAGAGCGCGUUUUGGCAGCUGUGCAAUGCGCUGAAGGCGUUUGUGUCUGUGCACAAUGACCUGCCGCUCUCUGGCGCUGUGCCGGACAUGCACGCAGACUCGCGCAGCUACGUCGCGCUGCAGCAGCUGUACCGCAGCAAAGCGGCUGCGGACCAGGCCUUCAUCAAGGACGCGCUCGCAUCGCGGCUGCCAAAUGCCCUCGUCGCCCGCUUCUGCAAGAAUGCGGCUGGCCUUGUUGUGGUGCGCACUCCUUCGCUCGAAACCGAACUCACCGGCCACUGUGGCAAGCUCAGCGACGCCGCAGCCAUGAGUGUUGGAGACGAGACGCGUGCGUUUGAGUUUUACAUUGCGUUGCGUGCGUGCGACCGCUUCCACGAAAAACACAACCGCUACCCGGGCACAGGGGCGCAUGCACACGAGGAGGACGCGGGGGAGCUUUCGUCCAUGUGCGCAGAUGUGUUGCGCAAUGCCGGUGUUGAUGGCGUCACAAUUGGUGACGACUGCGUCAAGGAAAUGUGCCGGUAUGGCGCUGCGCAGCUGCACAGCGUGGCGGCCUUUGUUGGUGGGAUGACUUCGCAAGAGAUUGUGAAGCUGGUGACACAGCAGUACGUGCCGGCAAACCACACCAUCAUCUACAACGGAGUGCAAGGCGACUCUCGGACCCUCAACUUUUAAGAGCGCGCACAUAUGCACACGCACGUAUGCACACGCACAUACGCACAGAUACAACUGCACAUGGUGUGCUUGCGCUGUUGCUUAACAUUGCCUGGCAUCACACAUGGCGCGUCGGUGGUGUCGGCGUUUCCUUUGAUCCAUUCCCACAACACGGGCAUACCAGCAGUAGCACGGGUUUGCGUGCACUUCUUACACGAAGCAAUAACACAACAGCUCAACCUGCCA